AUUAACAACAGUGUAGCCUGUAAUAUAUAAUAUCUAAGCAAUGCCCAAACAUGGCUUAUUUUAUGUCUGUGUUGGACCUUAAACGUGCUAACUGACGGAAGCCCUCUCUGUCGAAUCAUGUGCUUGAAUCAAUAACCAGACACAGAUGACACAAAUGUUUGAAAAGUCUGAACAUCGGUAGCAGCUAGUGUCAUCGAAGCACGGCGGUGGAAUUGAAAUUAGUCAUGGCCUUGGAACAGGGUCUGGUCCUAUUACGACGCCUUCUCGACUCCUUGAGUUCGGCCGGCCUUGUCGAAUUCGAGCUUGUACCUCCUUCAAGUGUCAGUUCAGUAGAUAUUGGUGUUGUCGAGUCAGCGUUACAUACGUUCGCGCAGGGGAUCGUGCAGUUCGUCAAUGAAAAGCCAUUACAUCUUGGACAGGUUCAGAUCAAGGCUGCUAGUCGAGAGGUUCUUGAAGGCCGCAUUCAGGCCUUUGUACACCGCAAAGAGCUUGAACGCGAAGCUAUGCUAUCAUAUAUAGAAGAGGGCCAGUGCUCAAGAACCGUACCAUUCAGGUAUCGCCGCAUCAGCGUGGAGCAAGUCAACAACGAAGUGGGCCCGCAGGAUCUGGAUAAACCUUUUCCUGUCAACGUUGGUCGCGAAGAGUCGAGUCUCCUUGAAGACAGACUUUCCACGGUUGAAAAACACCUCGGAUUAUCAAAACUGAAUCAGCAGACAAGUUCUGCUGGCGUCUCUGCGGUGACAAGGUCAAAUCGAAACGGCGCAUCGACUGUGGCACCUGGGAUUUCGACUGGGAGUGGUUCAACCUCUGGAGGAUCAUCGUUCCGCCGGACUUCGUCGGAAAGUAUCCUCGAGAAACCUGGCAAAUGUCCGACGUGUAUGAGAACCACACGUGAAGAAGUAAACGGGAACCUGAAAUCCUUGGAGCUUCUACACCGAAUGAAAGCAAUUGAAGAUCGCCUCCUUUAUCUUGAGUCGGUUUCGCCGGAAUAUGGCACAAUGAUACAAACAACCUAAGCUAUCUAGUCGCACUGCACACGACAACCCCAUGUUGUGAAUGCGGCAUAUACAAAGAUGUAUAUAUUGUAUCCUAUUGCCCUAUGAUCUAAUCUCUAAUUGUUUAAAUCGAACAGAGCUAUACGCAGAUCAUCAAUGAAAUCAUAAGUUUGCUGCCGGGUGUGUCUGUGUGUCCAACUACCUUAUUCUUUAAACCAAAAACACUAUAUUUUUACGAUCUCACGAGGUAACAUACUGCUAUGCGAGGGGAGAUCUCGUCAAGGCGUACGUACAAACUUUAGAUAUUUUCGAGGUAAAUAUUUUAGAAGGGAACAUAUAUAUAUAUAUAUAUAUAUCUCGAGAUUGUAAGGAACGAAAGAAGCACACUGUUAAUAGUUAGUCGUUUUUGAUGUUGGUUUUCUUCCAUGUAUCAUCGUGAAAUCUUAGCGAUUUUGCUUGCAUUUUGCGCCGAGUAGGCUCUUUUUUAAAGUGUCGCCCAGAAGGCCUAUGUCGGCUUUAAGAACUAUUCACAGGCACUGGCAAAAAAGAGCCUGUAGCAAGGUUUUAGAUUUUUCCAUAGUUUGAGGAAAAUGCGUCGUUUCAAAAACUGGACUUCGCUACUGAGUACGCUUCUGAUACUUUGGGCCUCUCACCUCUAGAUUCUUGGAUCUUGUAAGCUUGUAGCAAAAUUUGACGAAGUAAAACUGGCCAAUAGAAUACGUGCAGAUUAUAAAUUAUAUAAAGUACGCAUUAGAUUUAUCGUCAGAAAAUUCGAUAUUUUUAUGCUUUCAGAUGUUUCGUCUCUGUAGGCUACUACUGAAAUACUACGCACCUGUUCCGAUAAUAUGCAAACGAGAUCUUAGGACUAUGUUAUCUAAUACAAAAUUUAACCGUCCUAAUGAACAGUCGAGCAUAAAAUAUGAAAUCUGUAUCUUCCUUAAAAACGUUUUUUUGUGAAGCCCGGUACGUUCACUGCAAUUUUGUAAUUUUUUAAUUUAAUUUUCAAUGUUCUUGU